ACCUCAAGGUCGUCGCCCUUUUCACUGACAAGAACCCUUCCCCAACGCACAGCGAUCGUAGUAUCCUCGGACCUCAAGGUCGUCUCGGAGGCCAAGGUCGACUUCGACGCCGACUUCGCGGCCAAGUACCAGAUCAAGAAGGGCGUCCUGACCAACGAGGAUGAGGGUGAGGUCUUCGCGCCCGUCGCCAUGUGGCUCGAGGCCGUCGACCUGGUCCUCGCCCGCCUGAAGGCGAACAAGUGCCCCGUCGAGAACAUCAAGGGGGUCUCGGGCUCGUGCCAGCAGCACGGCAGCGUCUUCUGGAACGCCCGGGGCGAGGAGGCCCUGGGGAGGCUGGACGGCGGGAAGAGCUUGCACGACCAGCUGGCGGAUGUGUUUGCCUACGAGUACGGCCCGAACUGGCAGGACCACAGCACACAGGCCGAGUGCGACCUGUUUGAUCGGCAUCUCGGCAGUGCGGAGAAGUUGGCGGAUGUCACUGGAAGUUCGGCGCAUCAUCGAUUCACAGGAGCACAGAUCAUGCGUAUGCGAAGGAAGAGACCAGAGGUCUACUCCAAGACCGCGCGGAUCUCACUCGUCUCCUCUUUCCUUGCGUCCGUCCUGCAUGGUGCAAUCGCUCCCCUAGAUAUUGGCGACGUUACAGGAAUGAACCUGUGGGACAUCAGGAACGAGAAGUGGGACGAUUCCUUACUUGAGCUUACAGCCGGCGACAAGGGAGCGGCUUCCGAGCUGCGCAAUAAGCUUGGAGAGGUACGGCAAGACGGCGGUGGUAGCAUCGGUGCUAUUUCGUCCUAUUUCGUGUCCAAGUACGGCUUCAGCAAGGACUGUCAGAUCGCACCCUUCACAGGUGACAACCCGGCCACCAUUCUUGCCUUGCCGCUUCGGCCCCACGAUGCGAUUGUCUCGCUGGGUACAUCGACAACUUUCCUCAUGGUUACGCCGACAUACAAGCCAGAUCCUUCUUAUCAUUUCAUGAACCACCCAGCAAACCCGGGCCACUACAUGUUCAUGCUGUGUUACAAGAAUGGUGGCCUCGCGCGCGAAAAAGUACGCGAUGCAGUUGCAGGUCCCAAAGAUCCAAGCGAUCCAUGGGCGCCUUUCAACAAGCACGUGCUCGACACACCUCCCCUGGGCUCAACAUCCGAAUCCGGCGACCGCGCAAGGCUCGGCCUCUACUUCCCGCUCCCGGAGAUCGUGCCCAACAUCAAGGCGGGCACCUGGCGAUACAGCGCAAGGGCGGACGGUUCAGACCUGCAGCAAGAGAAGGAGGCAUGGGACGCGGCUCUCGACCCGAGGAUCAUCGUCGAGUCGCAGGCUCUGUCCAUGCGCCUGCGCUCGCAAAAGCUCGUCUCCAGCCCCGGCGACGGCUUGCCCGCGCAGCCGCGCCGCAUCUACCUCGUCGGCGGCGGUUCUCUCAACCCGGCCAUCCAGCGUGUCGUCGGCGACGUUCUGGGCGGUGUAGACGGCGUCUACAAGCUGGAUGUCGGCGGGAACGCCUGCGCCCUGGGUGGUGCGUACAAGGCUGUCUGGGCGCUUGAGAGGAGCGAGGGCGAGAGCUUCGAUGAGCUCAUCGGCAAGAGAUGGACGGAGGAGGGCGCGAUCGAGAGAGUCGACCAGGGCUACAAGAAGGGUGUCUUUGAGAAGUACGGAAGUGUGCUGGGAGCAUUUGGGAACAUGGAGGCCGAGAUCCUCAAGGUUGCUCACAACUAGGCGCGGCUUCGCGGAUCAUUAAGACUACAUUAGACCA